AUGGCUGCAGCUCAACAGAUUCUUCAUGGUAGCGAACUCGAUGCCCUGUUCCCCUCCCCAUCUCCCCCGCCGACCGUCCUCUCCCCUUCGCGGUACCCUGGAAGUUCCCCGGACACAGCUGCAGCUUUAAGACACCUCAUGAAGGAUAAUCAUAUCAAGCACCACAUGUUCAACAACGACAUUCAGUGGCAUAACCAUUUUAACUAUCAUGCGCUGGGACUGUAUGCCUUGGGCGCUAGUGGAUCUGUGAUCGAACAGUACUACAAACAAUACAACGCCAAACAACGUCCGGUCAUCGAGCCUCCUGAGGCGAUCACCAAAGAAAACUUCGUCGAACAUCUAGGUGUCGAGAAGUUUUAUGUCGCGUACAGAACCUUCUUCAUCAAGGUUAUCGAGGAAAAGGGUGUCAGCGCCACGUUGAAUGAAUACAUCUUCUCGGAAAAAUAUAACUUUGAAGAAGGACGAGACGCAUCCAGUCAACCAAAAAUGUUGGCCCGCUUCAUUGGGGGUCUGACCCACCCCCUCAUCCAUGUAGGAUACGCCAUGGAAUUUGGCAUCCCGGGCAUGGCUGCUGAAGGUCUUGCAAUGGCCAGCGUGCAUUGGUCAGAGAGACAUACGUUCUUCCCGCCCUCCCUAUUCAAGCAUGCCAGUAGCAGUACGAGCGCAGUGGAGGAGGCAACAACUAAGCUCUCCUCGCUUUUUCUCAAUGCGAAAAUAUCUAUUGCACCUUCUCAGCUCGAACAACCACAGAGAAAUCAUGCAUUCUCCAUUCUCGCCAAGAUCAUGCAACAUUCAGAAUUCGCAAUGAACAAGCAAUAUUAUGAUUAUAAUCGCCUGUUGUCAAAGCACGGUGCUAGUAUAUGGCGCUACGCUGAGCAAUGGACGAUUGACUUGUCACAGCCAGGCGAAAUCGAACAUAAGAUGGAGGAAUGUAUUUGGGUCAACACUAUCCUUUACGCUACUUGCAGAUGGGGCAAAAACAAAGACUUUAUAGCAGACUUCUUCUUCAUGCAUCUCGUCACCUCAAGUCUCUUCCUUCCAUCCGUGUUGUCUAACCUGCCACAAAACUCGCAAGUUAUGUUGCUUCGCUCAUACUUCGCAUCAACUCUCGCUUGGUGGAUCACACGCGGCUUCCCUCAACCAGACAUUCAGGGCUUCCUCGAUGCCACCUCAUCUCUUUCGUCAGAUGGCAAGGUCGCUAACCCGUUCCUCAACCUCAUUCAGUCCACGAUAUUGGAUGCAGAUGACCAUAUGCUGAAGAUUCAGCGCGCAUUUGCACAUUUUUCUUCGCUUUAUGGCACACGGCCUAAGGGCUACUUCAAGGAUACGGAACUGGAGGGCGCAGAAGCACUGGAUGGAUCGCUCUUCUUUACGGCAGCAAGAUUGACUGACGAGUAUAUAAUACGGGAUGCGAAGGUCUGGGACCGGGAAGGGGCUUCUGAGCUAGAUUAG